AUGGUACAAUCGCCUGCUACUCAACGUGUAUUGGCUACGUUGACAGAAAAAGGUCUCAAGUUUGAAUUGAAAAUUAUCAACCUAAUGGCCAAGGAAAAUCUGAGUCGUUCAUAUUUGGAAAAACAACCAUUUGGUACCAUUCCAGUACUUGAAGAUGCUGAUGGCUUUACAAUCUAUGAAUCUCGCGCCAUUUGUCGGUAUUUAGAAAUGAAAUACAAAGACAAAGGCACAGAAUUGAUUCCAAGAGGCAAUGCGAAAGCUGAAGGUCUUUUUGAACAAGCUGCAUCCAUUGAAUCGUCUUAUUUUGAUUCACAUGCUAAUAGUAUUGUUGGUGAACGAAUCUUCAAAAAAAUGCGAGGAGGUGAGCCAGAUAUGAACAAAGUAGCAGAAUUACGACGAGAUUUGGCGGAAAAUUUGGAUGUCUAUGAAAACAUUUUAUCUUCACAAUCAUAUCUGGGCGGAAAUACGUUUACUCUUGCUGAUUUAUUUCAUUUACCAUUGGGUUCACUGCUUGUAAAAUGUGGUGAAGGUGAACUAUUUGAAUCUCGACCACAUGUCAAACAAUGGUGGAACAAGAUUUCAACACGACAGGCAUGGAAAACUGUUCAAACAAUGACAUGA